CUCCAGAUCAUCUUAGUGGACGAGGUGUCCCAGUCCAUCGUGUUGUCGGCGGCCAUCACCCUGGUGUGGGUGGAGCCCAGCGUCAGCUGGGACCCCAAGCAAUAUGGCGGCAUUGAGAGUUUGGAACUGGAGCCGGGGGCUUUCUGGGCCCCGACCAUCUACAUCCCCAAGACCGCAGACAACUCGGUCAAGGUCGUGCCGCUGACCAACACGGUUCAGAUUUCGUACAAGAGCCGCGUGUCCACUCUCAUCCCCAUCAUCACGACGACCUUGUGUAACCUUGACCUCACCUUCUUCCCCUUCGACACGCACGAGUGCAACAUCGUGUUCAUCGAGUCCGGCAUGUACAACGUCACCAGCCUCAACCUGCCCCCCAUGGGCAUCAGCGCGUACUUCGGGACCAACGCCGCCUGGGUCUUGGUGAGCUACGUCUGCAACACGCAGGCGUCGCACUACCAGCCCAUCUUCGACUACAUCGUCUGCACGGUCAAGAUGAGCAGGCGCAGCGCCUUCUACGUCGUCAACCUGAUCGGCCCCAUGGCCAUGACCUCGCUUGUGACCUUGGUCGUGUUCUGGCUCCCGGCGGAGGGGGGCGAGAAGAUGACGUUCGUCGUGUCCAUGUUCUUGUCGAGCUCCGUGUUCUAUAACUACAUCCUGGAGAUCAUGCCCAGGAGCAUGGAGAGCCCGCCCAGGCUGAACCUCCUGUUGGUCUUCAACGGGCUCCUCAUCAUGCUGGCCACGGCCGCCACGGCGUAUGUCUUG